AUGGAGCUUAGUCAGAUGGUGACACAAGGCAUGUGGGAUCGUGAUUCUGUGCUGCUUCAACUCCCCCACUUCACCAAGGAAUUAACUGGGAGAUGCCAGGAAAAUGGCAUUGAUAACAUCUUUGAUCUUGCUGAGAUGAGCGCAGACAAGAUGCAGAAUCUGCUGCAGUUACCAAACUCUCAGCUUAAGGACAUCAUCGGAUUCAUCAAACGGUUCCCGGAUAUCGAAAUGGCAUAUGAAGUCCUUGAAGGUGAUGAUAUUAGAGCCAGUGGCAAUGUAACUUUGCAGGUUACUCUAGAGCGUGACAUGACGAACUUGCCUUCUGAGGUUGGGCCAGUUAAUGCCCCGAGGUAUCCUAAGCCCAGGCAGGAAGGCUGGUGGCUCGUGAUUGGUGAUAGCUCCAGCGACCAGUUGCUGGCAAUCAAGUGGGUUGCAGUGCUGCAGAGGGCUCGCCUGAAGCUUGAGUUCAUCGCUCCCGCAGAAGCAGGGAAGAAGGAUUUCAUGGUUUUCUUGAUGUCAGAUUCCUAUCUGGGCAUUGAUCAGGAAUACGUGUUCACUGUGAACGUGAAGGAUGCCGGAGGGGAUUGA